CAUACCGCAGCAUGCCUCGCAUUUCGGGCCAAGCUUAUCAAGCUUCGCAUCUUUCAAAGCGGCUGCAUGGUGGACGGGUGUCCAACGUGCUUGCGAUUCUGCUGUGGAAAUCCCAGAGUCCCAGAGUGAUAUGGUGCCCAAGCUGCCUCAGUGUUUGCCUACCGGGACACACAUCAAGCUGGAACUGAAUGGUCAAGGCGAAUUCAUCAGAUGCACAAGACAGCCUGGAUGUCUUCAGCCCCAUGGUGGAAACUGCCAAUUGGCAACAGGCUCUUCUCCUCCUGCCUGCUCUGUCCCUGCCGUGGCGUCACUCAUUUUGUUCACGUCUGCUGUCAAGGUUGUCACGCCGAAGUCAGUGGCAGGCCGCACAGUCUUUCUUUCACGCUUUGCCAGACUUAGGCAUUGCUUUCACUCCAGGGAUAUAUUCAGCCUUUCUGAGCUCUUAUGCACAAAAAUACCUCUGGCAACAUGCAAUCCAUCUCCUCGACUUGGCAGAGUCGCGGAGAUUUGGCAAGCUAUCGGCCAAAGCAUUGGAUGCCCCUGUGUACAACACGGUCAUCACAAGCUGCGCGCGGGCUUCCAAAUGGCAGUGGUCCAUUUGUCUUUUGGACCGGCUCAGACAUCCAAAAUCACAUUGUAAAGCAAACCUGUUGAGCUUUAAUGCUUCCCUGAAUGCUUGUGAACGCCGGGGCCUUUGGGCACAGGCCCUUGUGCUCCUGGAGCACAUGCAGGAAGAUCGCCUCACACCUGAUUCAGCUUCGCUGAAUUGCACUCUGAGCGCAUGUGAAAAGAGUCAGCAGUGGCAAUUCGCCUUGGCACUUCUCCCACAGUUCACUAGGCAUCAGUGCGAGCGUACCAUAGUGACCUAUGGUGCUGUAGGAGCAGCGUGUGUUGCUGGAUCUGCCUGGGAAGCAGCCAUCGCUUCCAUGGCUGAAGCCUUCGAAGUCGGAUUUUCACUCAACGAGAUACUGCUGAAUUGCGUGGCCGAGAGCUGCAAACGCAGUUGGGCAUGGCAGCAGGGCUUAGUUCUGCUGGGCCAUGGAGGCCAUGGCGGCUGCGAUGGUGACUUCAACUCAAUCAGAUGCAGGGCAGCUCAGCAUGCCAUGGAUUUUGCACAGAGACCAUAUCUGGGAUAUUCUAGACAGCUGGUGGGUGAACUGGCGCCUAGAGCAGGGAGCUUGCGACAGACCGAAAUAACCAUGGAGAAGUUUGAAUGGACUGGCAGGCAUCCAGCCCUUAUUCUUUCCGAUGACUGGCUUCAACAAGCCAACGAUUUGGGAGGAUGCUUUGUAAGGCAUUCCUUGGAGUGUCACAAUGGUUUUGCUCAACCUGGCUCAAGGUUGCUCAAAGCAUUGUAAAAGAUUAGCAUGCAUCGGGUUUUGCGCAAUUUAGCACCAUGAAAA